GUUCGCAUAAUUUGUUUAAAUAAAAAGCCAAAAUACACGGGCAGCGAGUCUGUGUCGCUCAGUGGUUCGCCGGCUGCUCAAAGAGAGAGUUCCCAUUUGCGGAUAAAUCAAACGAAACACAAAAAAAGAAAAACGUAGCGCGUGCGUUAAAAACUCAGCAACAAUAAGUAAAUGCAUUAAACAAUAACCGUUGUGCGCUAUUUGCUGAAUAAAUUAGAGUGUGUCGUGUCUCGAAACUCCAUAAAUCUUCACUCAGACCCCAACGCACACGCACACUGAGCGAAACAGAAGUGGAGACAGCUGCACAAUGAUCAACAUGGACAUUAGCGUGACGCCCAACUAUUCGUAUAUCUUUGAUUUCGAGAAUGAUUUCAUACAUCAGCGCACACGCAAAUGGAUGCUGGCGAAUUGGACCUGGGUGUUCUACUAUUGCGGCAUUUAUAUGGCGGUCAUAUUUGGUGGUCAGCACUUUAUGCAAAAUCGAGCGAGUUUCAAGUUGCGUGGUCCGCUAAUCAUUUGGAACACUUUGCUGGCCAUGUUCAGCAUAAUGGGUGCUGCUCGCACGGCGCCGGAACUGCUGCACGUGCUGCGUCACUACGGACUUUUCCACUCCGUCUGUGUACCCAGUUACAUUGAACAAGAUCGAGUGUGCGGCUUCUGGACCUGGCUCUUUGUGCUGAGCAAAUUGCCCGAACUGGGCGACACGAUAUUCAUAGUGUUGCGCAAACAGCCGCUGAUCUUUCUCCACUGGUAUCAUCACAUCACUGUGCUGAUCUACUCGUGGUUCAGCUACACCGAAUACACCAGUUCGGCGCGCUGGUUCAUUGUGAUGAACUACUGUGUGCACUCGGUGAUGUACAGCUAUUAUGCACUGAAAGCGGCCCGCUUCAAUCCGCCACGAUUCAUCUCGAUGAUCAUCACGUCACUGCAGCUGACCCAGAUGAUCAUUGGUUGUGCGAUCAAUGUGUGGGCAAAUGGAUUCCUGAAGACGCACGGCACACAGUCGUGCAACAUAUCGCAGCGCAACAUCAAUUUGUCGAUUGCGAUGUAUUUCAGCUAUUUUGUGCUGUUCGCGCGCUUCUUCUACAAGGCUUACCUGUCGCCCGGCGGCCACAAGAGUCGUCGCAUGGCCGCCUCGCUGGCUGCCCAGAAUACCGCCAAGCUCUCUAGCCCGCCAAACGCUGAGUCCCAUUCCAAAUAUGUCGGAGACGAGGCCCAGGCUGCCUAUCUGCGCAAGGCCAAGGCGCAGUAGGAUCCCUCGGCUUCCUCCUUCUGCUGCAUGUGGGCGCCCCUCCUCUACCUAAAGGCUAAGGACAUUUAUUUAUGCAGUACCGGUGUAAAAGUUGUUUUUUAAUUUUAACUGGGCGCGAGCACACACACUACACACACACACACACUCACACACACGAGGGGCGUUUGAUAAAAGAAAUGUAAUUAUAAGCGUAGAGUUUUACCAGGCGGCUGGCUUACAAAUACCCACAAAACGCGCAUAUAUAUAUAUUGUACAUAUAUAUUUAUGUAUAUAUACAUAUAUAUAUAUACUUGUGUAUUUAUAUAUAUAUAUUAUAUAUAUGUAUAUAUUAUUUAUAUAUAUGUUUAUACAUAUUGUAUAUAAUAAAAUCCAAAUCGAGAAGUAUUUUGUAAAAAGA